AUGGUAAGUUCUCCUCGGUCGGACCGACUCGCCGCCGCUCCUCCGGUCCCUCCUCGUGCUGUCCUCGCCGUGCACGCGCGUGGUACCCACGGUCGUGAGGAGGAGGAGGAUGUUGCGCGUGAAGGGGAAAUGGCUGCCGAAAACAAGCCGGAAGGACUGAAGAAAGUUCGUAAUCCGGAUCGAAUGUACAGAUCAGCAGUGUGUUAUGCUGGCCAUGGUCCACCUAAGAGUAUCAGUGAUGACACAGAGAUGAACAAUGAACAUGGACAUUUGAAAAUAUACCUGCCCAAGAAGCUGCUUGAAUGUCUACCAAAAUGCACCUCGCUGCCAAAGGAGAGACACCGGUGGAACACUAAUGAGGAGAUCGCAGCUUACUUGAUAACAUUUGAAAAGCAUGAAGAAUGGCUAACGACAUCCCCUAAAACAAGGCCGCAGAAUGGGUCGAUGAUACUGUACAAUAGGAAGAAGGUGAAGUACAGGAAGGAUGGCUACUGCUGGAAGAAGAGGAAAGACGGGAAGACCACACGGGAGGAUCACAUGAAGUUGAAAGUGCAGGGAGUUGAGUGUCUGUAUGGCUGCUACGUCCACUCCUCCAUCAUCCCCACCUUCCACCGCAGGUGCUACUGGCUGCUCCAGAACCCUGAUAUCGUGCUCGUCCACUAUUUGAAUGUUCCAGCCAUUGAGGAUUGUGGGAAGCCAUGCGGUCCGAUACUGUGCUCCAUCAACACAGACAAGAAGGAGUGGGCCAAGUGGACCAAGGAGGAGCUUAUCGGUCAGCUCAAGCCCAUGUUUCAUGGCAUCAAGUGGACUUGCAGCAAUGGGAACAGCAGCUCUGGCUUCUCAGUGGAGCAGCUAGUGCAACAGAUUCUGGACAGCCACCAAACUAAGCCACCUCCCCGGACUCACAACUGCCUCUGCACGGGCACCCUGGGUGCAGGGAGCAGCGUGCACCACAAAUGCAACAGCGCCAAACACCGCAUCAUCUCCCCCAAAGUGGACCCCCGCUCAGGUGGUUACAGCAGUGCCCACUCUGAGGUGCAAAACAAUGACGUGUCGGAGGGGAAGACCGAGCACAGUGCCCACGGGGGCGGCAAAAGCUCCGGGGGAGGCGGAGGGGGCAGUGCCAGGGAGAAGCGCAACGGCAAAGUCCACAAGCCCGUCCUGCUGCACCAGAACAGCACAGAGGUGUCGUCCACCAACCAGGUUGAAGUCCCCGACACCACGCAGAACUCCCCUGUCUCCAUCAGCAGCGGCCUCAACAGCGAUCCAGACAUGGCCGACAGCCCCGUGGUGACAGGGAUGAGCCACGUGGCCUCCGUCAUGUCUGGCCUGUCCCAGAGUGUCUUUAUGUCUGAGGUCACCGGAGAUCCCGUGUACAGCAUGUCUCCCACCGGGGGGCCCAACACUCACCUGAUGGGUGCAGAUGCCACCUCACAGGGCUUGGUGCUCUCCGAUCGUCACAAGUUUGCCUUCCCCAGCGGAGGAGUGGGGGAACCGGGGACCACCGCAGCAGGAGACAGCCUGUCCAUGAUGACUGCUGCCGGGGUGUCUGAGGAACUGGUGCUCUCCAGCAGUCUAGACGCUGGAGGCCUCAAGAUCCCAGAGACCAAUAUGAACUUUGACCCCGACUGCUUCCUGAACAACCCCAAACAAGGCCAGACCUAUGGAGGCAGUGCAAUGAAGACAGAGGGCAACUCUUCCUCGACCUCAUCUUCCUGUGGUGGCAGCAAUGGCACCAACGGCACUCUCCACCGCUCCCCCACCAUGUCAGACAAUGCCUACAUCUUCAACUCAGCUUUGGUGAAGAACAUCAAGACAGAAGACACAUCUUUUGAGCAGCAGCUGGCACAUGAGAGUGGCUACCAGGUGGGGGCAGUAGUGAACUGUGGCAGUGGGGUGGCUGUGGCAUCUGGUGCUGGUUCAGGCCAGGGCGGCCUUGGUCUGGCCCCAGGGGGCUCCCUGCUUCCCUCUGGUGGGGGUCUCAGUCCUAGCACUACCCUAGAGCAGAUGGAUUUCAGUGCCAUCGAUGCCAAGCAGGACUAUACUUCCAACACCACCACAGUGAGCUAUGGUCAAGCCAUGUCCAGUCCUCACAUGCAGCACCAGAAUCGUUCUCCCAGCUUCUUCCUCCAGGAUGCCUCUCAGACUGGCCAGCCUCAGCAGGGGAGGCCCGGCAUGGGCCAGAAAACACACUUGAUGGAGCACAACUCUCAUGACUCUGGAGCUUACAUGGGGAUGCAGGUGGUGAAGACAGACUCACCCGGCACUAACGGCCACCUUCACCACCACCACCAGGGCCACCAGACCCAGCACAGGGCCAACUGUAACGGAGGCUCACCCACAGAGGGUCCCGGCCACGCUGGCUCUCUUCAGUUGCUUCAGUACCAGGGGAGUUUUCCUGGACUUGGCAAUGAGCACGAGGAGGUGGUGGGUCUAGAGCAGCAAGGCAGCGUGGGCUCAGCCCAGAAUGGAGUCUCUGAGAAUGGAGCAGAAAACAUGCUCAAGCCAGGAGACCACAUUCAGACCUGUGGAGCAGGAAAUGGAGAAGGAGGGGGCGCAGAGCACUACAUGCAACAGGCUUCGGAUGGUAGCGGAGGAGGGAAUGGAGGUGCAGGAGAAGGAGUAGCGAUUCAUAAUGGAAACAACAACAACGAUGGCAGCAACCGCUCCCAGCAGCAGCAACAGCAGCUGCAGCCUCUCCUCCAAGGCACAAGCAUGGUCCAGGGACUCUAUAACUCCGUUGGCCCCCAUCAGGGGCUCGGUGGAGGAGCCAGCAACGGGGGAGCAGGCGGGACAGGCAUGGAGAUCAGCUUGGAUCACUUUGACAUCUCUUUUGGAAACCAGUUCUCUGACCUCAUCAAUGACUUCAUCUCAGUGGAUGGCAGUGGUGCCACCAUGUCAGCCGGAGGAGCCUUGUAUGCUCACCAGCUCGUCACAUCCCACAGCUCCGACAGCCAGAACACAGCCGGCGGGCCCCCCCAGCAGGGCCAGGAGGACGGAGGGGCGAGGGGCUCUGGAUACAGCAGCUCAGAGCUCUGCCUUCAGUCCUGCUGCAGCCCCCAGUCUCUGAGCGCAGGGGCCGGAGCAGGGGGAAACCCAGAUGCAGGAUCGUUGUCCUACAUGAAUGUAGCGGAGGUGGUCUCUGCAGCUGUAGCGCAGGGGGCUCUGGGGAUGCUUCAGGCCACAGGUCGGCUCUUCAUGGUCACUGACUACUCUCCUGAGUGGUCCUACCCUGAGGGCGGAGUUAAGGUGCUGAUCACUGGGCCAUGGCAAGAGGCCAGCACAAACUACAGCUGUUUAUUUGACCAGAUCUCAGUCCCGGCUUCUCUUAUCCAACCUGGGGUGCUGCGCUGCUACUGCCCAGCUCAUGACACAGGUCUGGUGACCCUUCAGGUGGCCGUCAGUAGCCAGAUCAUCUCCAGCUCGGUGGUGUUUGAGUACAAGGCCCGAGCUCUUCCCUCACUGCCAUCAUCUCAACACGACUGGCUCUCGCUGGAUGAUAACCAGUUCAGAAUGUCUAUCCUGGAGCGCUUGGAGCAGAUGGAGAGGAGGAUGGCGGAGAUGGCCAGCCACCAGCAGCCGGGCGGUGCAGGGAGUGGCGGAGCUGGGGGAGGAACAGGGGGGACAGGAGGAGGUGGUGGAGGAGGUGGAGGCAACAACAGCCAGUCACAGUGUGUGUCUGGCCAGAUUCAAGCAGGCAGCUCUUUUGAGAGCCGCGUGGUGGUGGUCUGUGAGAAGAUGAUGAGCAGAGCUUGCUGGGCCAAGUCCAAACAUUUAAUCCACUCUAAGACCUUCCGAGGAAUGACACUCCUUCACCUGGCUGCAGGCCAGGGAUACGCCACCCUCAUCCAGACACUCAUCAAGUGGCGCACUAAGCAUGCUGAUAGUAUUGAUUUAGAGUUGGAAGUGGACCCUCUGAAUGUGGAUCACUUCUCCUGCACGCCUCUGAUGUGGGCGUGUGCCCUGGGUCACCUGGAGGCAGCAGUGGUCCUGUACAAAUGGGACCGACGUGCCCUCGCUAUCCCAGACUCUCUCGGCCGCUUACCCCUGUCGAUCGCCCGCUCUCGUGGCCACACCAAAUUGGCUGAAUGUCUGGAGCAGCUCCAGAGGGAAGAGCAGCAGGUUCCAGCCCCUCUACCGCCCGCAGCUCGCAUGUCCUUCUCCCCGGGCCCCGACGCCCCCACCACAGACAGCUGGAUGGUCAGCUGGGCAAACGACAGUGUAGUCCCACCCAGCAGCAAGAAAGGAGGUCCUGCCACCACCACAACCACAUCCAGCACCACCAGCCUCAAUCCAGACCUGAGAAGGCCUCGAUCAGAGCCUUCCAACUACUACAGCAGCGAGGGCCAGAGAGACCUCCCACUUGCUAAAAAACAUAAACCCAACCCAGAACUCUCUCAGACACGGCCGGACAAGGCCAUGUCUGUUCCUCUGAGCCUGGAGCAGCAGCAGCUCCACAAGCUGUCCUCCAGCCCCAAAAGCCUGUCCUCAGAGGGCCUGAGCUCAGACAAGGGCCUGUCCACAGGAGGCUGCCCGGGGACAGUCAGGUGGACAUCGAGAGAGAGCUUCUCCAGCAGCGGCGUGGGAAGGAAGACGCCGGGGGUCGGUGGAGGCAGCAGCCUCGGGAAGGAGAAGCUGGUCAACCGGUUGCGUCAGCGAGAGCAGCUCGGCAUGCUGGUGAUGGCAGACAGAGAAAUGGCUGAUGCAGAGCUGUUAUCCUAUCGGGAGGAUCUGGAGAACCAGGACUGUCUCACGCAGAUGGAUGACCUACAGGUGAACAUGAUGACUCUGGCAGAGCACAUCAUCGAGGCCACGCCGGAGAGAAUCAAGAGGGAGAACUUCACCGCUGCCGACUCUGUGCCCUCAGACACGUCGGGGGUCAGCAACACCAUGAACUGGCUGGCCAACUACCUGGGAGAUGUGGAGCAGCUGCCGAGCAUCAUACACCUGCGAUCUCUUUACAAUGAGCCCCUGACCCCCUCGUCCAACACCAGCCUCAGUCCUGGCGGGUCUCCGCUCAGGGAGACGCCCCUGGAGCGCUCCACCCUCCCGUCCCCGGCCGACUGGAGUGAGUUCAUCAACGCCUCCAACAGCAAGGUGGAGCGGGACCUGGCCCAGCUGACUCUGUCCGACCCCGAGCAGAGAGAGCUGUACGAGGCCGCCCGCCUCGUCCAAACCUCCUUCCGCAAGUACAAGGGACGGCCGCUCCGAGAGCAACAGGAAGUAGCUGCUGCUGUUGUUCAACGUUGUUACAAGAAGUACAAACAGCUAACAUGGAUAGCCUUGAAGUACGCACUUUAUAAGAAGAUGACGCAGGCCGCCAUCCUUAUCCAGAGUAAAUUUCGCAGCUACCAUGAACAGAAGAAGUUCCAGCAGAGCAGGAGGGCGGCCGUGCUCAUUCAGCAAUACUACCGCAGCUACAAGGAGUUUGGGAGGCUGAAGCCUCACCACCGCGGGGCCGCCGCUGCCCUGGUGCAGCACAAACUGAGAGGUAGUCUGCUCACAAAGAGGCAGGAUCAGGCUGCCAGGAAGAUCAUGAGGUUCCUCCGUCGCUGUCGCCACAGCCCCUUGAUGGACCAUAGACUGUUCAAGCGGGGUGAAAGAAUUGAAAAGGGCCAGGGAACAUGA